GCCUGUCAAGAGGGCGGAGGCUUCAGCCUAGCUCUCUUCUGCAGCAGAAGCCGCCUCGCCUCGCUCAGAGUUGGGCUUUCGUUUCAUUAGCCCCGGCGCUUCACUUUCCCGGCAGGCUCGUGGUGGCCUUUCAGCCUUCAAGACCUCCCUCCUUCUUUUGUGUCUUAUAUUAUCUGCGGGGGGGGGGCUCUGCUUUUCAAUUGCGAGCAAGAAAGACGAAAGGAAGCUGGAGCAACGGCAGCCGCCGCCACAGACAUCUGGCGAGAUGAAUGCGGAGAACCAGGAUGUGUUGCUGGAGCUGGAGGAGGACGAAGAUGAAGAAGGGGAGGAAGAGGAUGGGGAGAUUGUCUUGGAAGAACUGGAACAAACUGUCAUUCCAAGCUAUGGAGCAAUCCCCAACCAGCCAGCACUUAAUAUGCCAGAAUGGGCAGAGUUUAAUCUGAAACCUGACUCCCUCUAUUUUAAUGAUGGACGAAGAAGAAUUGACUUUGUUUUAGUGUAUGAAGAUGAAAAGAAAAAGGAACAUCGUAAGAGGAGCUUUCAUAAUAAGCAAAUGAGGAAGAGGCAAGUAUAUGAAUCUAACUUGAUAAGCCGUGGUUUGCAGCUUGAAGCAACAAGGUCGGUCUUGGAUGAAAAGCUUUUAUUUAUAAAAGUGCACGCACCUUGGGAACUGCUGUGCAGCUAUGCUGAAAUUAUGCACAUCAAAUUGCCUCUGCAGCCAAAUGACCUAAAAACCCAUGACUCAGCAUUUAAGUGGAUUAGUAGAUUCUUCAGUGUGGAUGAAACUAUCAUCAAACCAGAGCAGGAGUUUUUUACUGCUCCAUUUGAAAAUGACCGUUUAUCAGACUUUUAUAUGCAAGACAAGGAGACAUUCUUCAAUCCAGCAACAAGGAGCCGAAUAGUUCACUUUAUUCUUUGCCGUGGGGAAUAUGCUAUAAGAGACAACGUGAAAAAGUUUGGAAUCAAUAAACUACUGGACUCUGGGAUCUACAAAGCAGCCUUUCCACUCCAUGAUUCAAGAUUCAACUAUCAGUCACAGGAUCCCAACUGCCCAAAUGAACGGUACCUGCUAUACAGAGAAUGGGCUCAUCCUCGAAAUAUUUUCAAGUUACAACCCUUAGAUCUGGUCAGGAAAUAUUAUGGUGAGAAAAUUGGGAUCUAUUUUGCUUGGCUGGGAUUCUAUACUCAGAUGUUACUCCUGGCAGCAGUCGUUGGACUUGGAUGCUUUUUGUAUGGAUAUUUCACAAAGGACAACUGCACUUGGAGACAAGAGGUAUGUGACCCUAACAUAGGAGGUAAUAUCAUCAUGUGCCCACAAUGCGAUCAACAGUGUACAUACUGGAAUCUCACAAUCACUUGUGAAUCAGUCAAGAAGCUGUGUAUAUUUGAUAGCUUCGGAACACUAGUGUUUGCAGUAUUUAUGGGAAUAUGGGUUACUUUGUUUCUGGAGUUUUGGAAACGACGGCAGGCUGAGCUGGAAUACGAAUGGGACACGGUUGAGUUCUUAGAGCAAGAAGAACAAAUACGUCCUGAGUAUGAAGCAAGAUGUCAUCAUGUGGUAGUGAAUGAAAUCACACAGCAAGAAGAGCAUGUCCCAUACACAGCCUGUGGAAAGUGUGUAAGGAUAACCUUCUGUACGAGCGCUGUCUUAUUCUGGAUCCUGCUCAUUAUUGCCUCAGUUAUUGGCAUAAUUGUUUACCGAUUGUCUGUUUUCCUGGUGUUUUCUGCAACACUCCCAAGGCACAUUAAUGGAACAGAAGCAAUCCAGAAGUACCUGACUCCACAAGCAGCAACUUCGGUUUCUGCUUCCAUCAUAAGCUUUGUAAUCAUUAUGAUUCUGAACAUGAUCUAUGAGAAAGUAGCAAUCAUGAUUACUGACUUCGAACUACCAAGGACACAGUCCGAUUAUGAAAACAGCCUGACCAUGAAGAUGUUCUUAUUCCAAUUUGUCAACUAUUAUUCUUCCUGUUUCUACAUUGCAUUCUUUAAGGGUAAAUUUGUGGGUUACCCUGGGGACCCUGUUUAUUGGCUUGGAAAAUACAGAAAUGAAGAGUGUGAUCCGGGUGGAUGUCUUCUUGAACUCACAACACAGCUGACAAUAAUAAUGGGAGGCAAAGCAAUCUGGAAUAAUAUUCAAGAAGUACUUCUUCCGUGGCUUAAAAAUCUGAUUGGAAGAUGUUGCUCAGCUGUUCGGUCUGAAGAUGUUGUCCCACGCUGGGAACAGGACUACCACCUGCAACCCAUUGGCAAACUUGGGUUGUUUUAUGAGUAUCUUGAAAUGGUUAUACAGUUUGGAUUUGUCACCUUAUUUGUGGCAUCAUUCCCACUGGCUCCCCUUCUGGCGCUUAUGAACAAUUUACUGGAAAUACAUGUAGAUGCCUGGAAGAUUACUACCCAAUUCAGGCGCAUGAUCCCUCAGAAAGCUCAGGACAUAGGAGCAUGGCAACCAAUCAUGCAAGGAAUAGCUAUACUUGCUGUGGUGACAAAUGCAAUGAUAAUUGCUUUUACAUCUGAUAUGAUUCCACGUCUGGUUUAUUACUGGUCAUUUUCUGUCCCUCCCUAUGGAAGUCACAGCAGUUACACCAUGAAGGGGUACAUAAACAACACACUUUCCGUCUUUGCUGUGUCAGACUUCAGAAAUGAAAGCAAGCCAGUUGCUCUUCCCAGAUUUGCCAACCAGACGACAUGCAGGUACCGGGAUUUCCGAUACCCUCCUGGGCAUGAACAUCAAUAUGAACACAAUAUCUAUUACUGGCAUGUUAUUGCAGCCAAAUUAUCAUUCAUCAUUGUCAUGGAGCAUAUCAUCUACUUUGUGAAAUUUGUUAUAUCAUACGUCAUUCCAGAUGUGUCAAAGAAAACCAAGAGCAAAAUUAAACGGGAGAAAUAUCUAAUACAGACACUCCUGCAUGAGAAUCCUCUGAAAGAUAUGAAGAAAAAUAUGGGGAACAUUGCAGACAAAAUAUUAAAAGGAGCAGAUAGCACUCUCCGACCUAAAUAUGACUAAAGACUUGCCAAAAUGACAGUGCCAGACCAGUGGGAUUGCUAGUCAUGUGUGAAUGUUUCAACCAAAACAAACCAAAAUGAUUGGACCAAAGACGUAGUAGAACAUAAUUGCAAGGGAAGACGUGAAUGCUCAUAAACAAGUUUAACAGAGUGGAUAAGUAUUUCACCAUGCUUUUUGUAUGCUGCUAAAAAGGGAAUGCCUUAAUCUAAACGUUUGUGGUGUGCCUUCCAGCUGUAUGUCAUUUGAUCUGUUAUUCAGUUCAAACAAAACCUCAGAAACCAAACCACUUGUCUUAAAAACUGUAUAGCUUAUUUGAGCCAGUUUUAAAUUCUUUUGAUUGCCUUAUCCAGCAUUAUCAAUAGUUUUGUGCAGUCAAACUGAGUAGAAACAGACACAAUCACAGGGAUAGGGAACAGGAUUGCCCAUGCUGGCUCCACCUUGAGCUCCAUGUAUUGGCAGAUCAUGCAUAUGGAGCCUACAUGUGCGGAGUGUGUGUACGUAGGCUUCUGUUCAGAAGUUAUCAAUGCAUAGAGCUUAGGGCUGGGACUAGCCAGAGUGAUCCCAGUCCUCCACUUCUCAGAUAUAGUUGGCACACAAUGAAUGUCUAUUGAAUUAAAGCAAAAUGACAAUCCAAAGGACAGUAAGGGGAGAAUGGCAAGAUGAUACCUGAUACCGUGAUAUACAAUUGCUGCCACAAUGUUGUGUUAACCACAUUGUCCCAUAAAGCCUGAAGGGAUGUAUAUUGAGGGGGAAACAGUAAUGUUCAACCAGGAGUAGCCAGUGCAAUGGGGCAGUGCCACACCAUUGCCCUCCCGACAGCAGUGUUCUGCUGCUUAAUGGGGCAGUGCAAGGAUAGAACAGGGUGGCAGUAAGGUUGGGGCUGUGGAAGCACAUUGGUGCAGCAAAUCCAGUGUUCCCACUGGUGUGCCUCUGUGCACUGGUGUGCCAAUCUCGCUGUCACCGUCCUCCAUCCUAUUAAGUGGCAGCAACAUGAUGGCUGGGAUUGCAGCAGCAAGGCACCGCCCACUGCAUUGGCUGCUCCUGCAUACAACAUAAUAUGAAGGGAUUUCCAUCAUAGCAAGGGCCAUACUGCCACUGGCAUCUCUGCAGGAUGGAUGAUCCACAGAAGAGAGUACACUUUUGAUUUCCCCCUUCUUUUUUCUUUCUUUUUUUGCUCUGCUUAAUUUCACAUUGAAUGCCCCCGGAGUGCAUUACAAUGUUAGGAAACAUUAAUAUCUGUAGAACCUUUGAGAGUGCAUAGUAAUUUAAGGUGUACUAUUUAUGAAACUUGGACUUGGGAUGGAACUUCAUCAACAGUGCAAAAAAAUCCAUUUAAAGAUAUCCAAAUUGUAGUAUGUUAAGGCUGUUUUACACACCCCUAACCAAACAUCCUUUUGUUGUAUGAAUGUGUUCUCUAUAUGGGUCAAUCCGUUCUCUUGAUUCUUUCUUGCAAAUACUUUUUGUUGUUAUUGCUGCCAUUCAUAUCUAAAACCCUCUUUUGUUUCCUGGUGCAUUUGUUGAGGGAGGAGGGAGCACAGUUGAAUUUCAACAUAGUUCUCCACCAUGGCUGGUACUAUGGGAUGGGUGUAAAGCAGGUGGAACCAAGCAAGUCUGGGGAACAAUACAGUGUGUUAUAUGCACUUGGUAGCAUCAACACACAAACAUUAACACUGGGAGCUGGGAGCAGACUCUCUGAAACCAGAUGUACUUCUUCCAAUUGCUCAAGGAAGUUUUUAAAGAUUGAGCCUAUUCCAAACCAUCACUCUUCUGGACUAGCCAAGCCUUGUAUAAAUACUAGGAACCUGGCCCAAUUAUCAGCCCUUAAUGCUGCAUGCUGCUUUUCUGGCACCAGCUUAUAUCUUAAACCACUGAGCUCCAAAAUGCUGAGUGGAAGAUCAUACAAUGCAGAUCUAGGUUUGGGUAUGGGCACGUGUUCACCAAGCUGGAUCUUGACAUAGAACAACUUCCAACACAACAAGAGAGUAUGGUCUCUAUUGACCUCUUUAGAAUCCCAUGGGUAUUUACACAAACACACACACACACACACUUCAAUCAAGUGAUAAUAAACAUAGGCAUGCAACCACAUAGAAGAAAAUAUAUUUCCAUGUGGUUGUGUAUAUAAUCACUUGAUUUAUGUCUGUGUGUAUGUAAACAUAAGCAUGUGUGCAUUCUAACAGAAUCAGCUCAAUAAAUUUUACUACCUGAGGUGAUGGACAAUUUGGUGCACCCUUCCAUUCCAUGUACAGAAGGUGACCAGUCUGGUGGGUUGAAUCUUACUUCAACACUGGCAAUGUGACAGCAUCCUCCAUUGUACCUGGGGGGGCACCAGGGUAGCUUAGGGGGUACAAAGUAGAUCACAUGACACAGAAAACUCUGUCUUCUUAACAGUCCAUCACUGAUCCUCACCACCAUAAUCUGCCAUCUGAGGAAACCAUACUCUAUUUAUUCUCAAGAAAUAGCUUGUGUCACCAGCAAAUGAAUAUUUAGAACAGGGUGUACUGAUCACUAUAUCUGGACAUCGCUGUAGCCUACAGUGUUUUACCACUGGUUCAAGAACAACUUGCUGGUGUAAGGGGUGCAUUGUUUCACAGAGCAUUAAAAGCAUUUGCUGAUGCUUUAUACCAACUGAUUUUGCAAAGUUUCUGAUUGAUCUAAUAAAGAUUACAAAUAGAGGUAUAAUCAAGUUUGAGUAUUUGGCAGUAAUGGUUUCUUUAUUAAGCAGCGUUUCCAAGAAAUUGGAAUAGACAAAUGUAUUGAUGAUGAUUGAGUAUGCUUGAAACCCUGACCACUGAUGACUUGUUCUGUCAUUUGGCUUAAGAGGCUAAACUUACUUGUAAGAGCUGUUGAUUCACUGGUUAUUUGUGUAUCAGCCAUGAGACAAUAUGGUUAACUUUACAUAUAAUAUAUAUGUAUUAGGAGAGCCAUAACUGUUUACUUAUAUAAGAUUAUAUAUUGUGAAGUACUGAGUUGCAAAGCUGGUUAAUGAACUGAUUUUGUUUUAAUCAUGUUAAUAGAAAAGAAUCUUGACAUAAUACUUAUAUAGAGAUAAUGUUCCAUACUACUACUUCAUUAUAUCUCCUUCAAUGCAGCAUGACAUAUUUGUUAGGGUAUAUAAUAUGUAUAUUAUAACUAUGAUGCCUAUGGAGUACAGUCCUGUGCUUGAAAAAUAAGUUGCACUGUGUAUAAUUUUUCAGAUAGGCUAUCAAUAUAGAGAAAAAUCCCAGGCACUGAACUGAAAUAACAGUCUCUACUUUGCUAUGCCAUUCCUUAACAGUCUCUCAAUACUUCCUGUUUGCCUGAUACUUUACUUCUGUCCCCCAGAUUGUGGAGUAUGCCACUUGUUAUGCAGACACUGACCAUGACACACAAUAAUUUAAACUUCUACACUAUGCUGCAUAUAUUUUUGCUGAUAGCCAAUGUAAGUCAUACUCAGAGCAGACCCAUUGAAAUCAGUGGGCGUAGAUUCUUCAUGUGUAUUAAUUUCAGUGGGUCUACUCUGACUUGGAUUCAGUGACUUUUUUAUAAAUGCUGUUUAUAUGCAUUUUAAAAUUUCAGUAUAUUCUAAAAACUGAAGUCACCAUUUGGUUUCACAGAUUUCAGUCUAAAAUUCCAUUCGGCAGAAAGCUGGUUCAAUAAACUAGAGGUUCACAUCAAUGGAAUAUUGCCUUUGUUCAAGUCUGGGCUGUCAUGCAUAUUAAUGUACAUCACUUGAUGAACUAACACACAACAAUUGGUGCAAUGUGUUUGAACUGAUAUGAAAGAUUUCCUGUAGAGUUAGAUCUGUGAUGGGUAUUUAGCACAUACAAGGCACCACUUGAUGAUAUCAUAGUCAUCAUGUGAUUUAUUUAUUUAUUUAGACAAUUUAUAUGCCACUUGUAUUUAAAUGACACUCUAAGCAGUAUGCAACCUAAGUUAAACAUCUUAAACAGCAAAUGUAAUAACAAUACAAUCUAUAAAAUACAAUUGAUAACUCAACAGAAUGUCAUUAAUAUCAACAUUUAAUAUAAACAUUGCAUAUAAAAACGAACUACAAAAAAUACAAGAAAAAUCAUAGCCAACAUGGUAGGCUCAACAAAAUAUCCUUUAGGUUUCAAUAAAAAUUAAUAAAAAUCAAAUUAAAAAACUUCAGCCUUAUUUUUAAACAUGAUAAAUUAGUCUUCAUUCACAUUGUUAUAUGUAGUACAUGAAGUGUGAGGCAAGAUUCCCUUGAGAUGCAUGAACAAAGGGGGUGAAAGUUUCUUCCAGAAACCAUAAGGCUACUUUUUGGGUCUAGAUUGACCAUCCUGCCCUAUAUAUGGAUCCUUUUCUUUACCAUUGGAUACUGCACUACAUACAACAUGCAAUCCUGUACUCACUUAGGGCGCAAUCCAACUGCUAUUUAUGCUGGGCUGAGGGGAGUUGGAUAUGGCAGACCCCUGGCUGUGCCAGCUGGUUCCUGGCUACACCAGCAGAAGACCCUCAUCCUGGCUCAGCCAUGGCAGAACCAGGACCCAGCCAGCUCAGCCAGGGGUCCAGCCCAAAGGAAGGGAGCCUGAAGAAGGCCUGAAAAAAGGGCAUUCUGGGGUCGUGUCGAAGGAGGGGCUGAGGGGGGGAACUUAGGCCAUAUCUAACUCAUGUUCAGAGUGCUCCUGCAGGUCUAGAUCCAGGCAAAAGUUAUGCCGGGGGAAAAGGUUGAGCUAAGAAAAUAAUUACAAUGGAAGUCAAUGGAGAGUGCUUACUCCCCAGCAGACAUAUUUGUGAGAGCUGGCUUUUACUUUCCGGUCCCUCUACACAGCUCCCGGCUGAACCAGCAUUCAGUCAGCCCGAAGGCUUCCAAACAGCAAUUGGAUGCUGCAGACCUUCCCACUGGCUUCUCUUGUGCCAUCUCCCCUUCUGCUGGCUUCCCGAGUUGGAUUGCUCUGUUAUCUGGGAGCGAAUCCCUUGAACUCAAUGGGGCUUACUUAUACACAUAUAGGAUUGCUCUGUAAGACAAAUAUUUUUUUAAAAAAAUUAAUUAACUUAGGUAAGCCAAUAAUGGUGAAAACUGAUAAUUAUGACAAACUGAUUAGAUCACUGCUAAAUAAUAAUUUUUAAAUGGAGUUUAAAAAGAGAGAUGAGCCACCAGUAGGGAUAUUGUACAUUUUACAGUGGUUCUGUGCAAGACUUUUUCGUAUGUGACUUCAAGAAACUAGAAGGAGAUUGUGCAGGAAUAAAGUUUGAUAGACUGUGUUGUGGAUUAAUUAUUUUCAUUAGUGAUAUAUUAGCUUUGAAUGUAACUGUAAUACUCAAGUUAUUUUGCCAACUACAGACAGUAACUGUGAUAGCACCAAGUCCCAGGCAUUUCACAGCAAGAUGUGCUAGUCCAGCAUUUGGAGGAUCAAGCUGGAAUAAAUAUUUUAGAGGAUUGCCAUGGCUUAUAAGUAUUUACCGAGUAAAAAAAUCAUCUUUGUACAUUCUCUAGAAAUAUUUCUAAUUAUGUUCUGAAUGGAAGUUUUUUCUUUUUUAUCAUUGUAAUAAAGUUAAUUUUAUAAUGUAA